AUGAAGUGCUUCAGCGAAUUCUUAGCUCUUGCUAACAUGGAUGAGGAGUCAAUUGCUAGUAUUGCGAAGUCACUGCCUAUUCCUGAUGCUCUACCAAGUCAAAACGUUUACUCUUUGCUAACCGCCUUCUCCAUUUUCUUGCAAACUAAGCCAGGUGCUCGAGGAGGCCGUCUUGCUAAGGCUACUGUUGUGGACUAUAUGUCCCAAGUUGUGGACCUGCUCCGAGAGCGGUACCCUCUGUACUUGUCAGACAGCAAGCAAAUUGCGAAAAUACGCGACAAAAUGGGUUCAACGAUUCAGGAGCGACAUUUGCUAGCUGGCGUGCAGACUGGUGAAGCUCCAGGCUGCACGCUCAGCGACUUGCGUGUUCUGGUGCAGGAAACUGCGAUUAAGGGGAGCCAGCUAUCUAUGGCGGCAUCGGGGGAGCUGUUUCUGCAUCUAGCUCGAAUCAAGACUUCGGUGGUUCAAGGCAUCUCAAUUUACAAGGCUGCGACUAACUGGGAGCAGUGUAUGCUGCACGGCCUCGGAUUGCUGUUCGCCGGAGCGUCGGAGCCUUCCAGCUAUGUGUUCCCGCUAAACCUUGAAGAGAAAGCUGAACCAAAGAACGAGCCACCAGCAAAGCGCGUGAGAGGAAGGCCCAAUGUGUUCAAGUAUAUUAACGACGUCAUCACCAUGGUCUGCGAGCGCCAAGCCCAAGCCUCUGCCCCGCUGCCCCCGACUCUCACCGCAGGAUUGAGCAGCCACUCCUUGCGCCACGGCUCCGCAGCGUACGCGAACGCCUUACCUCAGCUUGCGACCCAGUGGAUCUCGACCCGGGGAGCUUGGCUGCUGGACUCGCUCACGAAGGCGUUCGCGUACGCGGGUACCACAAAUCGCGAGGACCAGAGUGUCGGCAAAGUCCUCGCUGGAUACCGAGACCCGCACCUGCCAUGCCUCUUCAAGAACGUCAGCGGCUUCACGGACACCACGCUCAACGUCGACGCCUUAGUCCUGGAUGCGGCGCUUGCGUCCCUGCUCAUCCAUCUUGACGACGUCGCGACGGCAGUCCAGCAGGAGCAGGCUGCUACAGGCUUCACAUCGCAUUACCUGUACCGCUUCCACAAAUCUCUGGACGCAACCAACACAGCGCUGGGAGCUCGGCUCUCGCUGGACACAUGCAUUGGUUGGGGUCGGCAGCUUCGCACGGCUUGGCAAACGGAGAACUUCGGGCAGCUGGGGGAACGCAGCAAUGGAAACACCACCGUACUUGCCGCAGCCGUCACCCAGAUGCUAUCGUCCGUCUCAACAAUGCAGCGCACACUUCAGAAGCUCGUCGCGGUCCAGGAGAGCAAGUCCGCCAGCGCGAUGGCCCCACAGGCGAGCACAGACGCCGUCGUUGAAGCGCACUCUCUUGCUGGCUGCUUCUACAACUGGUACACGCUGGAGCUGUGGCACACGGCAACCCAAAAGAAAGAGCAGCUUGUUCGCGCUGACCUCAAGGCAGGCGUCAACAUCAUGAUCAUAGCAGCAGGGCGAGAGUUCUCACGAAUGUAG